AUGCCUUCAUCUGUUUCCACACCCGCUUUGUCACUGCCUCAUAGUCCAUUUGGUACACUCCAAAAUUAUGGUACACUCAAGUCUGUAGGUUCUGGUGGACAUUGUGCAGGAACCCUACCUUCCAGGUUCUCAAACUACCCUUGCAGCCAACGCACGUGGACCCGUCCAGACCGUAAACAGUCCUCCUCUAUGUCAGUAGCAUCAACUGUCACUUCAGUGAUGCCAAACAAUCAAAUUUGUCAUACUGAGGUAGUUGAAGUGAUCCUUUACCAUGACAGACGAGGGCCAGGUAUCACUCUUGCCGGUGGAAUUUUCUCUACAACAUUACUGUCUGAACCUCCUGUCAUUUCAUAUGUGGACCCUGGAUCAGCUGCUGAUAGGUGUGGUGUAAUUCAGGAAGGAGACAGAAUCAUCUCAAUAAAUGGUCAUGAACUGCUGGACAAGACUUUUGAUGAAGCUAACCAGUUUCUUAAAGAAUCAGGUUCCCGAUGUUUAUUAGAAAUUGAAUACGAUGUUACAGAAUCAGUCCUUCCAAGUUCAGGAACUUUUGUUGUUAAGCUCCCUCAACGGAGUUAUGGUCUUGGCAUCACAGUUAAUGCUCCAAAUAAUCGCAAGUCCAAUGACCCUUUAAUGAUAACAGAUGUCCGUAAAGGAAGCGUGGCCAACCGGUGUGAUUCAGCAGAUGAUAUUAUUACAUUGAAACUCCGACGAGAUGAUCCCUAUGGUGAUGAUGAUAAUGAUGACUGUGUCACAUAUACAGUGGAAUUGCAAAAACGGGGUGGUGCACUGGGAAUUACAAUAUCUGGGACUGAUAGCCCCCUGGAUCCAAUCAUGAUAUCUGGAUUAACAGAAGGUGGAUUAGCCGACAGGUGA